AUGAACGAAAACUCUUCCAACAUGAUUGUGUCAUCAACACCGAGAGCUACAAAUUCUGUAGUCGGUGAUGAAAAACCUGCUCCUACCAUCAUUGAAAUUGAACAACCACAAACUCUCUCAAGAAAUCCUUUCAAGAGAAGAAAGCAAAGGAAAGAACAAGCACAAAAAGCAAAAGAUGAAGAAAUUCCGGAUCCAAGAGAACCAAAACUAAAAAGAUUGGACCACUGGACGAUUUACAAAAUGUUUGGAGUUUCCAAUUGGUUUUUGAUUUUCUUGGGUUGCAUUGGAGCUGCUGGUGCUGGUGUCAUUCCACUUUGUUUCCAAUUUGUUUUGGGAGAUUUAAUCAAUUCCAUUGCUAAAUACUAUAAUGAGCCUGAUAAAUUGAGAGGAGAUAUCAAUUGGAUGGCUGGUCAAUUUGCAAUCAUUGCUUUGGCAGCCACAAUUGCCAACACCAUGAUGCAAUUUUUCCUUUCCUGGGCUUCUGAAAGAAUUGGUACUAAUUUAAAAGAAGGAUAUUUUAAUGCUUUAACUGCACAAGAGAUGGCAUUUUUUGAUAUCAAGAAAGUUGGUACUCUUACCAUUGCUCUCAGUGAAGAUGUUGCAAAAAUUCAAGAAACAUAUACGAUGAAGUUUGCUACAUUUAUCCAACAAUUCACUCAAUUCAUUGUUGGUAUCAUCCUUGCUUUUAUAUCCAGCUACCAAAUGUCACUGGUAAUGUUGAGUACGAGUCCCUUGAUGGUUGUUUCUGUUGGUGUACUUUCUCAAUUAAUCAAAGUUUUUACAAAGAAGACUAAUGAAGCCAACGAACACUCAGCUGCAAUUGCUACUGAAGUUAUUUCGUGCAUGAGAACUGUCAGAAGUAUGGCAGGUGAAGAAAAGGAACAACAACGAUUUAAAACCGAUUUGAAAAUGGUCAACUUUUAUGGAUUAUUUAAGGCCCUUGCUCAAGGAAGUACAUUUGGAGGUGUAUCAUUUAUUUUGUGGGGCACAGUUGCUCUUGCUUUUUGGUAUGGAGGUGGCUUAACUGUUGAUAAGGUGAUUACAGUCGGAGACAUGUUUAAAGUAUUUGGUUUGAUGCUUAUGGGUGUCCUUGGUUUGUCUCAAGCAUUUACCUUCUUCCCUGAUCUCACCAAGUCAAGAAUGAGUCAAGAAACACUCCUCAAAGUCAUCAAAAGACAACCAGAAAUUCCAUUCAAGGGAGGAAAAACUUUGAACAAGAUUGAGGGUAACAUUUCUAUUCGUAAUGUUGACUUUAUUUAUCCAUCAAGACCUAAUAUUGUGGUUUUGAAGAACUUCUCAUUGGAUAUUAAACCAGGUCAAGCAGUCGCUUUGGUUGGACCAUCAGGAUCAGGAAAAUCGACCAUUGUCGGCUUGGUAGAACGAUUUUAUACUCCUAAAUCUGGACAAAUCUUUAUUGAUGGUGUGGACAUUGCCGAAUUAGACCCAAUGUGGCUCCAUAGAAAUAUUGGUAUUGUCACACAAGAACCUGUUCUCUUUGCAACAACUAUUAAGGAAAAUAUUGCAUAUGCUGUAGGAUUGGAAAAUAUCACAAUGCAACAAAUUGAAGAAGCUGCUAAAGCUGCCAAUUGUCACAAUUUCAUCAUGGACUUACCAGAAGGUUACAAUACCAUGCUUGGUGAGAAGGGUGUUUCUUUGUCAGGUGGUCAAAAGCAAAGAAUUGCCAUUGCUCGAGCCUUAUUGCAAAAUCCAAGUGUUUUGCUUCUAGACGAAGCAACUUCUGCAUUGGAUACUGAAAGCGAAGCGUUGGUGCAAGCUGCUUUGGAUCACUUGAUGAAAGGGCGUACAACCAUUUGUAUUGCUCACAGACUUGCCACUGUCAAAAAUUCAGAUGUCAUUUGCGUCCUAGCUAAGGGUGUAUUAGUUGAGAAGGGCAAACACGAAGAAUUGUUGCAAAUUGAGAACGGUGUUUACCGAAAGCUGGCAGAAAAACAGAUGGCAUUUGGUGCUGUUUCUGGGAUGGACAAAUCUGCAAGCAAAAUGGAUUUGGAAGUUGUCAUGGAUGUGAUCGAGGAAUAA